AUGGAUCCAUCCAUCCCAGCCUGGAACACUGACAGCGGAAUAAUUAAUCUAAUUUACAACCCUGGAAACUUACACUGUGUCACCAUGUACAAAAUCAUCGAUAUUCUUACUGUCAUCAUUUGCAUGGUUGGGCUGGCAGGAAAUGCCAUAGUGCUGUGGCUUCUAGGCUUCUGUGUGCACAGGAAUGCCUUCUCUGUCUAUGUCCUCAACCUAGCUGGGGCUGACUUUCUCUUCCUCUGUUUUCAGACUGUGUUAUUACUGAAAAAAAUCCUUAUUCUGUUCAAUGUCAGCUUUUUCUAUUUUGAUGUUGUAUUCUAUCUUGCCAGUAUAUCACUCUUUCCUUACCUUGCAGGUUUAUGUAUGAUUGCAGCCAUCAGUAUUGAGCGAUGCCUGGCUGUUUUGUGGCCCAUCUGGUAUCACUGCCAGAGACCAAGACACAUGUCAUCUGUCCUGUGUGUCCUGAUCUGGGCUUUCUCUCUACUGUUAAGCCUCCUGUUAGGGUGUGGUUGUAUUUUACUGCUUAGUGGUCAUGAAUAUUCUUUGUGUCAGAUAGCUGCUUUUGCCACUGUUGUAUUUAUAACAGUACUAUCUGUGAUUUCUUGUGGAUUUAACCUGGCUCUGUUGGUCAGGAUUUUCUGUGGCUCACAGAGGAUUCCUGUCACAAGGUUGUAUGUGACCAUUGCACUCACAGUGCUAGUCUUCUUACUCUUUGGUCUGCCCUUUGGUAUCUAUUGUAUGCUUGUCAUUUUGACAAGGAAGUUGCCUACCAUUUUCUCUUGCGAUAGUAAUGAUAUUAUAAAUUUCCUGACCUGUGUUAACAGCUGUGCCAACCCCAUCAUUUACUUCUUUGUUGGCUUCAUUGGGCAUCGCAGUUUCCAGAGGCAGUCUCUGAAGAUCGUUCUGCAGAGAGCCAUGCAGGACACUCCUGAAGAAGAAGAUGGAGAGAGGGGUUCUUCAAGAAAUCCUGGAGAGCAAGAAACAGUCUUGUGUAGUAGCUGA